CUCUUUCCUCUUGAUUCGACCUUUCUCCAUGUCUUCACACUUUCAUAAAGCAAAACCCUCAAAGGACAAGAGAGAAGAACAACAACAAAUAUUCAUCAAUCAAUCGCCUCUUCAUAAACACUCCGCCUUCCUUUUCCUUUUCCCUAAUCUAAUCGGAGAGUCAGAUCUUAAAAAUGGAGAUUGGAUACGGUUGAAUGAAAUUACAGAUAGAUCGAUCGAUCGAUGAUGAAUCGAGUUAGAUGAAUCCAAGUUCUUUCAUGAGAAUUCCUUCUUGUAACUUCCAUUGUCCUUCAUUCAUCUGUUUCUCCAAGCAAUCAUCAUCAUCAUCAUCCUCAUCUCUACCAGCAGCAUCCGCCAGUAGUGUUCAAACUUCAGAAUCGGAAAAUGAACCUCCAUCAGAUUCGCCGCCGCCGACUCCUCCUCCGGAUAAUCUGCCGGAAACAACGGAGAUCGGUGAAGAAGAAGAAGAAGAAGAAGAGAGAGAGGUUGAAAUCGCUGCUUUCAAGAGCUGUAUCAGAUCGGGAAACGGCGCCGCCGGAGACGACGGUGGCGGCGGCCGGAGAUUGGUUGAUAGGAAGAAAGUGCAAUGGAUGGAUAACCUAGGGAAAGAACUAGUUGAUAUCAGAGAAUUUGAAGCCAGCGACUCGGAUGACAAUGACGAACCAGGUGUUUGCAUAUGUGUAAUUGCUUGAUUCAAUGCUUUGAUCGAUGCCCUAUCAUGCGUCAAGGUUAUUCUUGUUCUUGAACCAGAACUCUUAUCGAGUUCGAGAUCAACAAAUUAUACUCAUUUUCGAGAAAUUCACGAGUAACUUUAGACUUCGAGAGCAAAUAUUUUGUAUCGAAAAAAUUUGGUAGCACAAUCGUGAACUAAGUUUUUUUUUUUU